AUGCCAAUUGGGAGGAGGAAGAGGGGAUGCAUCUCCGCCCCUCCCCUCUGUCAUCCUCUCGCUCGCUCUCUAUCCUCCCUCUGUCAUCCUCUCUCCAUCCCCAUCUCCCUCUCUACUCCGAUCUUCUCCCUCGACAUCACCUCCCCCUCGACAUCACAUCACCACCUCACCUCUUCCUAUCGAUCCCUCUCCCUACCACAUCAGCCCACGCGAGGCGAGCCAAGGAAGGCGCACCUGUCAUCCAUCGCCAAGUACACGGGGAAAGGGAAUUAUUUAGGCGAGAUCGAUCGUGCAUUUCCUUGGCUGGGCUGGGGCAUUGGCGGCCGGAGCCAAGAAAUAUCCAAGCAAUGUGGGCGGAUAAACGAGAGGACGUGCGCUUGGGUGCGCAAGUUGUCCCGGUAG